AUGUGUGGGACAAACGAGGAGGACUCUUCUCAUUUGUUUUUUCGGUGUUCCUUUGCCCUGCAACUUUGGCAUUUCUGGUGGGAAGUCUGGGUAGCUCCUUGUGUCCAUGCUUCCUCCUUGACUGAGUUUUGGCAGAGGAUGGGACGUCCCCCUUCUAUGGCUACUUUUUUGCAGGAGGUAUGGUUCGUGGGGCCUAUCUUCUUAUUAUGGCAGAUUUGGCUAGAGCGCAAUCGAAGGAUUUUUCAUGGAGAGCGGAGGCUGGUACAACAAAUUUGGCAGAGGGUAUUAGGUAUGAUUAAUGAGACAGUGGCGGCUAAGUGUGUAGUGGACUUCCCUUUGGGGAAACGAGAUACAGAGCUGGUAGAGAGAUUGGGAACUACAGGAUCUUCUUUGGUCUUAACUAAGGCCAAGAGACGGCGUUGUGAGAAGCAAAAAGUUGACAGGGUUGGUAGAUGGCAGCUACCCCCCCAGGGGAUCUUGAAGAUCAACACUGAUGGUUCUUCAAGGGGUAAUCCGGGUCCAGCUGGUAUUGGCGGGAUUGGUAGAGAUGUUAUGGGAUCAGUGAUCUUUAUUUUUUCACUUUAUGAGGGGAUUCAGACCAUUAACCUGGUGGAGGGUUUGGCUAUUCUUGCUGCUCUUGAGAAGCUCUGGCUUUAG